AUGGAAAGCACUGGUACAUCAAAUAUCCCAGCCUGUGAAGCCUGUCGGCUAAAGAAAAGAAAAUGCGACAAGGCCCAUCCUGCAUGCUCGCAGUGUUCAUUGCGAGACCACCCCUGCACUUACAUUCACGGUGUCCGAUCCGGCAAGAGGAGGCGACAAUGCUCAUCUCCUUCGAAUGAAUAUACCGUCAUUACGGAACCGGAUGAUCCCCGAGCUUACAUUACAUCCUCACUGCCGGAUGCCGCGGGGGCUCUUCAAGAUAGCUUUCCCACAGUCGCUUUUGUUGAUCAAUCCAUCCAUAACGAGUUGCGCACACAGGUCCCUAGGGCCCCUUCCUCGCGGGAUUUCCAUCUCUUCGCAUUGAGGCUAUUAGGAGAGAGUAAAGCCGAGAUGCUGACCUAUGUUUCAUCGUAUUUUGGCGACGUACACAUUUGGCUGCCUGUCUUACCUAAACAACAGAUUUAUGCUUAUUUAGAAACGUCUAAAUGGGAUCUGCCAGUUGAUGUCGCCUUGCUCUUCCUUUGCAUUAGACUUCUUGUCUCCAGUCCUGAAACCUGGCCUGCCGGCCCUCGAUCCAGUAUCUACAUAACGGCGAAACAAGGCUUGGCUGGAUUAGAGAUCGGCGGCAUUCUGUCCGAAACUGCCCUUCAAGCCGGUCUCUUGAUCUCACUCUAUGAGAUGGGGCAUGGGAUAUAUCCAUCUGCCUUUCUAAGUGCCGGAGCCUGUGUGCGCUAUUGUCAUGCCAUCGGCCUGGGAGGGCCACAGGAAUGCCGACUGCAACGACCCUUGAGCCGGUUCGAUCACGAACAGAGCCAGAAACUUUGGUGUGCCGCCAUUCUUUUAGAGCGGCAAUGCACUAACAUAUAUGUAAAAACCAGAUUUACGCAACUGGGCCGCUUGGCACCGAUACCGUCGACUGGCAAUCUGCCGGAUAGCAGAGCCGUGCAGAUGUUUGGUAACGUAUGGUUCAUUCUCCACAAGACAGUAAUCAUUCUGGCACACAGCACUUCAAGUAGCGGCCAGGAAAGAAGCAGAGACGAGGGUUGCUUUGUUCUGCUUGUAGAAUCUACUAAGCUUCUCGGACAAGUGCUUUCAUACAUUUCCUCUAGAGAAGCAGAAGCGGCUGUUGGCGGCUUGUCGACAAAAGCGCAAGAUGAACAUCUACAGCUUGGUCGAACGAUACAAUCCCUAAUAUUGGCAGCAGAAGAUGAGGCUACCAAAUACGGUGUUGACAUUCGAAGCCAGCUCUGCGUCUGUUACAGGUAG